UUACCAUCGAAAUCUCAGUAGAACCAACCUUCGAUCUCUCAUAUAUUGUGCUGAUCUAGACAUGUUAAUACCACAUAUCGCUACUCAAGAAAUGAUAAGGUCUUUGAACUUGACUUUGGACGAUUCAUGGCGUGCAUGGUUUGUUGAUGCUCAAGUUGCAGGAUACACAGAGAGGUACAAAAAUAAUGAUUUCUACAUGACAUACUCAAGUGUCAAGGGAGCAGGUCAUGUAGCUGAAAAGUACAAGCCUAAGGAGGUCGAUGCCAUGAUUGAUAGAUGGCUCGCAUAUUAUCCUCUCUAAUUAAUAAUAAUCACUUGAUUGAGGGAGUAAUUAAUAGGUACUCUCAUGAAUGUAAGAGGAGAGAACUGCAAGAUUUUAAGAAAACUUUAUUUGGCCCGCGUUUAAAUGAUAAAUGAAAACUCAUGUUUUAAGGAUUUUAUUUGUAAAAGACGUUAUGAUGAAUAAGAAUUUCUAAGUAACUCUCAAUUGGUAUAA